UUAUCAUUGAAUUAUCAGAACUACUGCAUAAAGAACACAUCAAAUUUUUACAACAAUGUUUGAACAACCCUAACUUGGAAAACCAAUUCUAUUAGGCCAUGCAAUUUAUUUUUGCAAAAAAUAUGUAUAUAACAGAAGAUAAAAAAAAGACAACUUUUUGAAUCAUAAUUUUGAGAAAAUCCCCUUUCAAUUUUUAUAAAUAAAACUUUGAAUCAAACAAAUCACUCAUCACCAAACUAAACCAUCUCCUUAUUUGGUCAACGCACGGAAUCAUUCAUUCUUUUGAAAAAAAUAUACCGUUAAUUAUAGUAUUAAUUUAUAUAGUAUAUUUUCACAUGGAGAGAGAACGAGAAGGUCCAUCACCACCAGUGAGCACACAAGGUAAAGAGUAGUGCCAGAAAAAUAGGCCUUCGUUCAUAUGAUAUGAUGGCGGCCACCGGAACAGUUUUCGUCGCCGCCGCUUCAUCCCCGAUAUUUCGCCGCCACAUUUCAUUGCCAGUCGCCGGAAUAUCGACAAAGAAAACAAAUCUUUCGGUAUCGACAUCGCUCAACACUCGGCCAUCACUUGAUGUGUCGACCGAAAAACCACCGACCACCAGGAGUGUUUCAGAGAACGGAAGCUUGGAGAAGAAACGCGAGGAUGAGUUGGAGGUUGAUCAACGCUUGAGUUUGAAUGAUUACUUUGAACAAUCAAAGGAUUUGAUCAGAUCGGACGGUGGACCUCCUCGUUGGUUUUCGCCCUUGGACUGCGCCUCUCGUCUAAACAACUCUCCUCUCCUCCUAUUUCUUCCCGGAAUUGAUGGUGUUGGACUUGGACUUAUUUCACAUCAUCAAAGACUAGGAGAGAUCUUUGAUAUAUGGUGCUUGCAUAUUCCGGUGUUGGAUCGAACGACAUUUGCAGACCUGGUGAAGCUGGUCGAAAGAACAGUAAAGUCAGAGAAUUACCGCUCACCUAACAGACCCAUAUAUCUUGUUGGAGAAUCUUUAGGGGGCUGCAUGGCACUAGCUGUUGCUGCAUGUAACCCUGAUAUAGAUCUUAUACUAAUUUUGGCUAACCCAGCUUCGUGCUUCGACAAGUCUCAGAUACAACCUCUAAUACCUUUAUUUACAAUCAUGCCUGAGCAGCUGCAGCCCCAAGUUAGCCUGCGUUAUAUGCUGAGUUUAAUGGCAGGCGAUCCUUUAAAGAUGGUGAGGGCGACCAUGGAGAAAGGACUGGCUCCGCAACAAACAUUUGGAGAGCUAUCACAGGGUGUGUUAGCAAUGUCGUCUUACGUUUCUGUUCUGGAUGAUAUUUUACCUAGAGAGACGCUUCUCUGGAAGCUGCAGAUGCUUAAAUCAGCUUCAGCAUUUGUCAAUUCACGUCUCCAUGCCGUCAAAGCUCAGACGCUGAUACUUUCCAGUGGGAGGGAUCAGUUGCUACCAAGUCUGGAGGAAGGUGAGAGACUUCGUCAACUGCUGCCAAAUUGUCAGAUUCGUAAGUUUAAUAACAGUGGUCAUUUCCUCUUCUUGGAAGAUGGUUUUGAUUUGGUGACUACAAUAAAGGGUGCUGGCUUCUAUCGUCAUGCAAGAUAUCUUGACUAUGUCUCAGAUUACGUCCCACCUGGCCCUUCUGAAUUCAAGCAAAUAUAUGAACCUUAUAGAUGGCUUGAUGUGGCUACUGGUCCUGUGAUGCUCUCUACUUUAGAGAAUGAGAAGAUCGUGCGGGGCCUUGCAGGGAUUCCUUCUGAAGGACCUGUGUUAUUUGUUGGCUAUCACAUGCUGCUAGGGUGGGAAUUGGUUCCUUUGGUAUCCCGUUUUUGGAUUGAAAAGAAUAUUGUUGUAAGAGGGAUAGCUCAUCCAAUGAUGUUCACAAAAUUGAGAGAUGGAAAAUUACCUGAUUUAUCAACAUAUGAUGCAUACAGAAUUAUGGGUGCAGUUCCUGUAUCAGGAACUAAUAUUUUUAAACUUCUUUCUUCAAAGUCCCAUGUCCUACUAUAUCCAGGGGGCAUGCGUGAGGCUCUUCAUCGCAAGGGGGAAGAAUACAAGUUAUUCUGGCCAGAGCAAUCUGAGUUUGUCAGGAUGGCUGCUAGGUUUGGAGCCAAAAUUAUACCUUUUGGUGCUGUUGGAGAAGAUGAUGUUGGUGAAUUAUUUUUGGAUUAUGAUGAUCUAAUGAAGAUCCCUUAUUUUAAGGCCGAAAUAAAUGACCUAACAGAAGAAAGUGUGAAAUUGAGGACUGACAUUGGUGGAGAGGUCGCGAACCAAGAUGUACAUCUUCCAAUAAUUCUACCAAAACCUCCAGGCCGCUUUUAUUUCUACUUCGGAAAGCCAAUUGAAACAGAAGGGAGGAAGCAGGAAUUAAGGAGCAGGGAAAAAGCACAUGAACUAUAUUUAGAAGUCCAGUCUGAAGUUGAGAAAUGCAUUGCGUAUUUGAAGGAGAAACGAGAGAAGGAUCCAUAUAGGAAUAUAUUUCCCCGGUUAAUUUACCAGGCCACGCAUGGGUUCGAUUCUGAAGUCCCUACAUUUGAACUUUAAUUAUUUGCCCCAUCAAAGGUGAGUCCCUACAUCUCCUCAUAAAAAUUGAGAUAAUAAAGAAAAUGGACUACAAUAAAUAGAGAUCGAGAUAAUAGAGAAAAUGGAGACAUAUUGUUGGAAUGUAGAAUUUCUUAAUUGGUCACAAGAAGCGUGUUUCGAAGAACGUACGAAAAGAGCUAUCAUUUACAGAAGCCUCUGUUUUUAGUGAGCUAGACUGUCUAUGAUCAGCCAAUAGUGAGACUAGUUCUACCAUUUCCCAAACAGUUGUAUGUGGUAUGUUCCAUACUUUUGUAAAGAACCAAAGUCCAUACAAAUUUAUGUGAAGGUGAUGUAAAACUUUCAUUUUUGGUAA